AUGGCCGACCAUAGCGAAUCUCUGGUUUCUCAGAAAUCGUCCGACUCGGGCCUCCAUAUCCAGCUCCACCCGUUGGUCCUCCUCACCAUCUCCGAUCACAUCACCCGUCAUGCUGCGCGUUUACAGCAAGGGCCGAUAAUUGGGGCUCUUCUGGGACAGCAAAAUGGGCGCGUGAUUACUUUAGAGCAUGCAUUUGAAUGCGUUGUGGCCGAGGGCCCUAAUGGAGAGCUACAGCUGCCGGAUGAGUGGUUCGUUGAGCGAGUCAAGCAAUUUAAGGAUGUACAUAAAUCUCCUGCUCUUGAUCUCGUAGGAUGGUGGUCGACCGCCCCGCCGUCCGGCCCGGACCCUUCCUACCUCUCAAUCCACCGCCAGAUUCUUCAGAACUACAACGAAUCUGCUGUUUUCCUUGCCUUCCAUCCGUCGCAGGUACAGGAGGCGUCGAGGAAUGGUGUGAAGCUUCCCCUGACUAUAUAUGAGAGCGUAUACGAAGGGGAAAAUGCCGCGGAAACCGGCAAGGCAAUGCAAGUGGACGGCGAGGAGCAGUCACUAACCAUCCGAUUCCGCCCUUUGCCGUAUUCUGUCGAAACCGGGGAAGCUGAGAUGAUCGGUAUGGACACCGUGGCGAGGACUGCAAGAACGGCCGCUGCUAUCGAAUCGCCAGAUUCCAACUCUGCUGGUGUUUCGCAAAAGGGUGGAAAGGCCGGCAAGAGGAGUGAGGCUGAGCCGUCACCGGAGAAUGUUGUCUUAUCCCAAGAAGAAGAAGAGUUGAUUGCCAGUCUCAAUACCCGUCUUAACGCAGUCCGAACACUGGAGUCUCGCAUUUUCCUGAUCAAAUCCUACCUCUCCAGCAUAUCCCCCGCAUCUGAAGACCAAAGCGGGGAAACCACAAAAACAUAUCUGUCUCACCCCAUCCUCCGCAACAUCAAUGCCCUUCUUUCCCACCUGUCUCUUCUCACACCACAUGAGCAAAACGGCUUCUUCGCAGAGAGUCUCGCCCAGAACAACGAUGUCCGUCUCGUCUCUCUACUCGGAGAGCUUAGCGAGUGCAUCAAGGGCAUGCGAGAGCUCGGCCGCAAGACCGCCAUCAUGAAUCAAGUGAGGCAGAACAAUUCUUCACGAAAGACUCAAUUAGCCUUGCAGAGCAGGCUGGAGGAGGAAUUCCUCUCUCGAGAAGCCUUGACGCAUGGAUAA